AUGUCUUCGUCGUCGUCAAAGUACUGAUUAGCUAUUAAAAAGAAGUUCCGAUUUUUCAAGGCUGCCAGAAGAGGAUGUGGUCCUUCCAUAUUUCCACGGCGCACUCAUGGAUCAAGAUUCCGAAAGUUUGUUGGUGGUUUGUGAGAACUUUGAGAGCAAAAAGUUUCAAAAAUCUUGAAGAACGAAGGAGAUUUCAUGAUAGUGACAAAGUUUUCGAUGGAAAUCAAUAGGACGGUGAGUAAAAAAAAAGGUGAGAGGUUGAUUAUGGAAAUUUAAAGAUCUUCUACCUCGCGGUCAGAACAAAAAAAGGUGUUCGACGCUUGGAAAUCAAAAGAAACGCUUCCGGUGCCCGCCUGAAUGUAAUUUUUUCCACUUGCUUUUUGAAUAAUUACGAGAAGUUCCUUUGUUACUAUUACACAGCUUCUUUCAGAAGCAUUUUUUAUGAAAUCAUUAACUAGAGUGGCCCCCCGCCCGGGUUUAAGUUCCGAUGAAACUUCGCUGAAGAGUAUUUUAGGACCUCCCGAUUGCAGAAUAAGAAUUCUUACAUUUUUUUUUUCACAAUAGAUCUCCUUUUCGAAUUAUGAAGCGCUCCCUAGACUUACGAUUGAGUUAUUAUUCUUUUAUAAGCGUUAUUAAUAUGAUCAACGUCUCUCAACUUGAUCGGAAAAUGUCAAUAUUUGGCGCACAAAAAGUUUUCAGCAAAAAACAUGUCCCACCCUCGCAAAGCUCAUCGAGUUCUUUAAGACGUCACCGAUACAGUUGCCAGGUAUACUUUAUUCAUUCGAUUUGAGUCUUGAAUCAAUCCAGACGAGCAAGUAACCUUGAAACGUGCUAUACCCAAAGGGAAGUUCCAGCUUAUGCACCGCGACGUCAACUUUAAAAAGAAGGUCUCAAAAAAAAGACGUAUAUAUAUAUAAGAGUUGUUUGAGAUUGGAAGCGGGGCUUAUGGAACUGUUUAUCGCGGGCGACUGGUCAAGGACAACGUGGUGGUGGCCGUGAAGAAACUCGACACAGAGGGCACUGACGAAGAAGGUCUUCAUCUUUUCCAAGUUGAAAAAUGCUUUUCUGUCCUUUAGGGUUGGCUGAAAUGAUGAAGGAAGCGCGCGUGAUGCAACUGUACGAUCACAUCAAUAUUGUGAAGUUUAAUCUUCUUCGUUGUUUCAUUUGAAAGUUUUGUUUAAAGAUUUUUCGGUUACAUUCUGGACGACCAACCGUAUUUGCUCGUGUUGGAAUAUUGCGAUGGCGGCUCGGUAGAAGAUCGCCUAAGAGAGAAAGCAAAAGUAACAUCGGCGGCUGAAAAAAAAAUAUUUACUCGGAAAGUCUUCAGAAAACUUCGGUGGCGAAAAGAGUGAACAUGACUGCUCAGGCGGCCCGUGGGAUGGAAUAUCUUCAUCAGAAGAAGUUUUUUACUUUCCUGGGAUUUUGGUCCAUUGAGAGGCUUCAGUUGCAUCCAUCGGGACAUUGCCACGAGGAACUGCCUAAUCCACAAGGAAAUCGUGAAGAUGGCCGAUUUUGGAAUGUGCAGGUGGAAAUUAAAAACGAAAAUUCUCGAAAAAAAAAAAACUAAUUGAAGAGCGACGUCCGUGUACAAAGUGGACUUGAGCAAGCCGCAGAACGUACGCUGGCUGGCGCCUGAGGUAAGUCCUUUUUGUAAAGACGUCGAAAGUCUGGAGGCUUGCAGGUAUGGGAGAAAGGCGAAACCCGUGUCAACACGGACAUCUACGCGUUUGGUGUGAUGAUCUGGGAAAUGUUCGAGAAUCCCUACCGUUCUCCAUACAGCGAGUGGAAAGCAUACACUGUCAAGGUCAGACAAAAAAGUAUCUGACGUCGAUUUUUCUCGAUUUUUCAGCAAAAGGUGCGUCAGGGAUACAGGAUGCGACCUCACGCCAGCAUGCCCAAGGAGAUGGAGCAGAUCCUGAACGACGCCUGGCAUCACGACCCCAACAAACGACCGACUUCUGAGAAAUUGCGCGAGCGGCUCGACGAACUAAAUUUGCGUAUAAACGCAGGCAACAAAAGCCAAAUGGAGCGAAGUAAUACAUAA